UUAAACUAAAUGAAUAGAUGAAAAAGCAUGAACUUUAUGAACGAUGAAUUGAAACAAUAGGAAGAAAAAAAAUAUUGUGGGCUGGUUUGACUGUCUUUUUCGAAGUGAGAGGCUGGCUUGACCGCAGUGAUGAGGGGGCGGGUCGUCACGUUACUCUGGCAACUUAGACAUACAACAAUGCUACAAUAAUGUCUGACAUUGCAAAAGAAGAACGAAAGAAGAGACGUACUCUGGUUCUAAGGCCCUCUUCUCGAACAAUAAAUAUUUCAGUAUCAGGCAUACAAAGUACAAGAGACACAAACGGUGUCAUCGGUUGCCCAAGCAGAAAAAGUUUCAGCCUGGGUGGUGGGAGCAAAGUCCUGGAGAAGAGCGCCCUCCAAACUCCCAGACAAGUUGUUCGGGUGUUUGAUGAAGAAGACAAUGACGUCACUCCUCAGCCACUGUACCAGGCAGAUCCAGCAGCGGCACAGUCCAAAGCCAGCCGGUUGUUUCUGGAUGAGAUCUCUGCUGGAUCAGCAUCAGAUCAGACAACAGCCACCGGGAGCUUCACAAUGCCUUUCUCCAGGUCAAUAUUUGGAAGCAGCAGAAUAUCCAGCCAGUCUACCAUAGAGUCGGUGAAUGAGGAGAUUGAGGAUACAUUUCCCAAACGGGACCUGCCCAUCAACUUUCCAGAGGUGCAGCGGAAAAGAGACAUAGUGAAAGAACAUGUGACAGAGGACAUGUUGAAAGAGGUCACAGAUAUCUCCAUCUCUGAGACAGACAGCAUUUCACUGCUGGACAUACCUAGCACUUUUGUGUCAGUGGAUGCUGAUGAUGCAGAAGCUACCAUGGAGAGAAACAAUCAGUAUGCUGAGCUGUGCAGAAACAGAAUGGGCAAUGAUAAGUAUGUGGAUCAAUCGGUGCAGACAUUGAAUGGAGCAGCUAAAAACAAACAGGUCCAGAGCGACAGCAUAAUGAUGGUGGACUCAGCCACCACUGUUACCACCUGGGACAUGUAUGACUCUCUGAUCAGCCCCGAGCAGUGUGAGGAGCUGUGCAGCCAGGAACUAAGGAGGGCUGACUGUCCGGAGGUGGGAGUGGACACCAGCAGGGGUGCAGAGAGGAGCGUGUCAGUGGGCAGCACAGCCAGUUCAGCUGCUAGCUCAUUGAAAGAAGUGGAAGCAUUUGGGAGCGGUCUAAAUGCUGAGUCAGACCUGCAGCUGAUCAUGUUGUCUGAGAGAUUCCAUCACAGCUUGCUAGUAAUGGAGAGGAGCAUACUGGGAAACACUUUCCAACCCAAGCUGGCUGCUUACAGACAGCUGCCUGUAACCCACGAACCAGACAGUCUGGUGCAGCCUGGGAUGGUGGAGCAGAGGGAGGAGGAUACCCACAGCCCUCCAUCUCCUGCCGUGGAGCGUCUCUGGACUUUCAGCUGUGAGCUCAGCAGAGGACGCAGCGUACACACCAUGGCAUGGAACAAGAAGAACCCGGACCUUUUGGCAGUGGGCUAUGGAGAGUUUGGCUUCAGUAACCAGAAACCAGGCCUGGUGUGCUGCUGGUCUCUCAAAAAUCCAACGUGGCCUGAGCGGGCCAUCCAGUGUGACAGCGCUGUGACUUCCCUAGAUUUCUCAUCCAAUAACCCCAGUCAGCUGGCUGUGGGCAUGCAAGACGGCAGCAUUGCUAUCUACAAUGUGAAGAAUCAAGAAAGCGAGUCAUGUGUCCUCAGCAGUAGUGAAUGUCCCAACAGACACUUGGAUCCAGUGUGGCAGCUCAGAUGGACCCAGCAAGAGUUGAGCCCGACAGGAGAGGAGGAGAUAGAGUCCCUCUUUUCUGUGGCUGCAGACGGCCGGAUCAGCAAGUGGUUUAUCUGCAGGAGUGGCCUCGACUGCAUAGACCUGAUGAAGCUCAAGAAGAUCCAGACGACCAAGAAGAAGGUUGGAGGGACCCAGACAGAAAGUGUUCUGUCGGCUCUGACUCCUGGACUGUGUUUUGACUUCCAUCCAACAGAUUCCAGCGUCUACUUGGUUGGCACAUGGGAAGGGCUCGUUCACAAGUGCUCCUGUUCCAACAAUCAGCAGUUUCUGGAGACUUACAGGAAGCACUUUUGUCCCGUGAACUGCAUCACAUGGAGUCCACUCAGUCCUGAUGUGUUCCUGAGCUGCUCGUCUGACUGGACCAUCCAGCUGUGGAAGCAGGACCGCCAUCACCCCAUGUUAGGCUUCAGCUCCACCCAGACGGCAGUGUGCGACAUCAAGUGGUCCCCGAAGUGGGCCACAGUAUUCGGAGCCGUUAAUGAGGGACAGCUGGCGAUAUGGGACCUAAAUUCAAGCCUCUUGGAGCCAAUCAUUGUGCAGCCUGCUGCUGCUGGUGUGAAGAUGAAGUCGCUGCUGUUUGCCACACAGACAGACUGCGUCCUGGUUGGAGAUAGUGAUGGACAAGUGGCCGUCUACCAGCUCAAGAACCUCAGUGUGGGAGAGAGCAGCCAGGUGGAUAUUCUGGAGGGCAUCAUCCGCUCUGCGGCUCCCAAACAGCUUUAAGAAACACAAGACGGAUGUAAACCCAAAGUAUUUGGGUUUGUGUCUGCGUGUGUUGGAUCACAGGGAACAUUGUCCUUUGCUGUUCAGACUAAACAGAACGCUUGAGAUUUUUCACAGUUCAAGUUUUAAGGCAAAAUAAAUAAUAACUACCCUAAUUUCAUUUGAAUUCAAUUGAAUUGUUCUGCAAAAGAAGAAUUAAUAUUAUUCUUUAAACAACACACCUGUAUGUUACUGUAGAAUAUAAACACCUCAAGCCAUUCAAAUCCUCCACAUGUGCUGAAUCAGUCUUAAUCAUCCUUGUGCAUACAGCAACGUUGACUGAUUACUUGCCCCACUGACACCUUGUGACCAGAUUUAGUACAACUUUGUUAGUCUGGAACUUUUCAUUUCCUUUGUAUAUGUAACGAGCUCCUGUUUCCCCUCGCACAAUGACACCAGCACACAGUGUUGAGGUUCCAAGGUAUUUAUUCAUUGAUACUCUGACUGUCUGUGUCUCCGGCUCUCUCCCACGUCCUGCAGACCGUGACCCCGCUGUCACUCGCGAGAUUUAACGGUUGGGGCUCUGGUUGGAACUCCAUGUCACAUUUCAGGUCUGUGUAGUUGCUAGCAGUAAAGAGACCUUUCACCAAACCUCUCAGAUGAGCUUUCAGACAGUCUAUGGACGACCGACGGACUGUAAGACCCACACACACACACAGUUCUGAGAGUUCUUGCUCUCCUGAAAGGUUCUUCACUUUUCUCCCCCUGAAAGGUUUUUUUCUGUUUUUUUGGGAGUUUUUCCUGAUCCGAUGUGAGGUCCUGGGUCAGGGAUGUCGUAUGUGUACAGAUUGUAAAGCCCUCUGAGGAUAAUUUGUAAUUUGUUAUUUUGGGCUAUACAAAAUAAACUGAAUUGAAUUAUAAUUGCAUCUUCAUUGAAGAUGGUUGAAAUUCUAAAUGAACAGGUGAGCGCCCUCGGUCACAGCUUGGCUUCAUCGGGACUCCUCUUCUCCCCAAGAAUACUCUACUUCCUACAAGGAAGUCACAGCGCUGUAGCUUUGCCAUUCAAACGCAAACCGUAUUCAUCAAAAAGACUGGAGUCAUUGCCAUGUUGUCCCAAACCUUUUAUUGCAGCAAAAGAUCAUUUACAGAAAACUUCAAAUCUCCACAAUCCAUCAGUACUUCACAAUAAUUUAAUCCCAUUAGUAUUCGACCUGCAGACAACGCUGAGGCAGUUGUUCACCAACAAUGUUCCCUCCUCAUAAUAAUAUUGUGGAGCUUCAUUGACUGCAGCCCUUGUACGUUUCCAGCAGACACCAAGUCAACAACUGUGGGAGCCACGCUGUCCAUGUCGAAGACCAGCAAUGUGGAGAUCUGUUCCACCUGGUUGGUCUGCGGCUUUAUUUUAUUGCUCUUCCUUUUGUAUUGUUAGAGAAUAAAAAGUUGUCCUGAAGUAGCACAGCCACUUAAACCUGCCUGUCAAAAACAAAUGAUGGCUUUGUGAAAAGCUUUCAACGUAUUUUCAGAAAAUGUUUUUUUUCAAUGUUACUUUUAAAAAUCUAGAAGCUCUCUCUUGGUAAAGACUGUAAUCUUCAAUGUUAAAAAGGUUUUACAGUUCACAUUGACUUACAAAGUGUGGAAGUAGAAAAUACCAGCUAGUGGGCGAGACAUCCUACAAAAACUUCUCCUUCACACCAUGAACACCUUCUGGUAUAGUUACACAAUGUCAGGACAAAACACAAGUGGGUCUGUGACACCAAACAGAAUAAAAAAGAGGUAUGUUUUACUUGGUCUCUGUUCUUCCACGAAUAGUAGUGUGAUUAAUCCUAAAACAUCAGAUCUACAUAUUGUAUAUUGUCAGUAUCCCAACAGGAAUGUGUUGCACCUUUUGUCCCAAAACUAAAAUAUCUUCUGAUACAACAGGAUGAUUACCUGCAGAUCUGGCCAUCACCUUCAAAAUAAAAUGCACAAUGCUCACAAUUGGCUUUCUUAAUUCCACGAUUUUGAUGGCAUGAUGUGGAAGAUGAUGUUUUGCUCUCUGAUAACGAGCAAAACAUCAUCUACUACCGAGGAUCAGUGAUGGAAAUAAACACCAAGAAAAUGUGGAUUAUGUCACAAAGGAGAAGGGAAGACUGACGUGUCACCAACUUUCCCUUUAGGUAAAUAAAAAACAUGCCACUGAUAAAAACAAAGCUGUCGGAUCAUUUAACUGGUGUCCGUCAGCUAUGACCGACUUCCACAGGAAUGAAUAUGACACCUGGUCCAUUUAACUCUGUGGAUUACACAGGGUUACAUGCUUCAGUGUUUCUAUCCUAUCUGAAUCAGCCUGCUAGGCCGGAGCCAUGUAUAGCUGGUGGAUUUGAAAAAACAAUCUCUACACCACAGUGGGACAGCUUUGCACCAUCGAUGAUGUCCUAAUUUACAUCACAGUUUAAACUCAAUGAGCUGAAGUUUAUGGUUACAACUUCAUUUAGAAAUAAUUGGAUAGGCGAAUCAGAUGGUCUUGGUAACCGUAUCUGGAAAGAAUUAACAGCUCGGCAUCGACGGAACACAAACACACAGGAAAAGGAGCUAGAGAACAAACAAGAAGAAAGGAGUUCAAUAGUCUCAAAAAGUACAUCAGGAAUCACUGAGAGGGUUGGUUAGAAGAGAUCAUGCUCAUCGUAGGAAACACACACACGGGCGCGCGCGCACACACGCGCACGCGCACACACACACACACACACACACACACUCACACACACGAGUGGUAAAUAAACUGGCUGGGUGAGGAAGAUCACAACAGCUUUGCAUAGAAUCUACAACAGAGUGACCAGAAAUAAACGUAGCUGAAUGGAGAUUCUACAUUCUGAACUUGCACUGCAAUAGAGUGGCAGAACAUUAGGGUUUUUAGUUUUGAUUACUUUAAAUAUAGUUUGCAGUGUUCGGUUCGGAGUCUUUUUGUUGCACCAGCUAGGUUUAGUAUCUUUGAAGCUUCUGACUCAACAAAGACACCUCACAGUAUGGACCCUAAUCUCCUGGCUCAGCCAUGCACUUUGGCCUCAAGUUUGCUGAGCAAAAGAAUUGAGCUCCAAGAAGCCAAACUAAAAUACUUUAAAAUCAAGUUCCAGACUAGUGUAAUGUUACAGCUCCUGCUGAUAAGACUCCAGUAAACUAGCUGCUGCAGAGCACACAGAAUUCACAUGGCCUGGCCACGCAGAACUCAUCACCCUGAAACAAAAUGGAAAUAGGUGCUCUACUUAAAGAAAGAAGAAGAAUGAGAUUCAGGGAAAACAAGAAGGGUAAAAACAGGAGUACCGUAAAAGUUAAUAAUUCAUCCAUUAUCUCACAUUUACCAGAAGGAACAUUUGAAGGAAGGUGUGAAAACAGA